AUGUCCAACAAAGAAAAGAAUAAUAUCUCAUCAAGGUUCUCCAACCCUACAUCAUUAUCAAAUCUUGAGGUCCAAGAAGUUUUAGCUGCAAAAUCAACCAAAGUAGCUGCAUUACUUGAAAAGAAAAGUUCAAAAGAUGAAAUCUUUACAUUCCUUAGAAGCAUUCCUGCAAAACCAGAAACAUUUGAGCUUGUUGUGAAAUUCUGCUAUGGAUUUGAACUUCAGAUUACCACUGUCAACGUUGUACCACUUGCCUGCCUGGCAUGUUAUUUAGAAAUGAGUGAAAGUCGCUGCAAAAAUAAUCUCAUAGGAAGAGUCAUAGCCUUCUUUCAACAGACAGUCCUUCCUAGCUGGAAGGAAACCAUCAAGGCCUUACGUUGCAUCACUGAACAUCUUCACCAAGCAAAGGAAAUCGGCUUGUUCGAUGUUUGCCUCGAUUCCAUCGUCGAAAAGGUUCAGAAAAAUCCUUGCCUUCUAGGCGAACCGAUGAAGAGAAGUGACGGCGGUGUUGGUGAUGGUGGUGAUGAUAAUAAAAACAAUAAUGCUUGGCCUAAUGCCAGGAGAAAGCUCUUUGUUAUUGAUUGUGAUCAAGAGGACUUAACUACACUUCCUGUGCAAAUUUAUGAGCCAAUUGUCCAUGUCAUGAAUCUUCAAGGAAUCGCGCCAGAAUAUGUCGCUGCAUCAGUAUGCAAGUACACGGAAAAAUGGGUUUUUUCCUGCCUUGUUGCUUCAGGAGGAGAUCAGAAAAUGUCAGCUUACAAGAGGAACUCCAUAAGGGAAAUCAUUGAGGCAAUAGAGAGGCUUUUGCCAAAUGAAAAAGGGCUUAUUCCUUGCUCACUCUUGUUUGAUUUGCUGCGUUCCUCGAUCCUUCUAGGGUCAAGCUUGGAUUGUGUCACUGGGUUUGAGACAAGAAUAGGAAAACAGUUAGAGCAAGCUUCACUAAAUGACCUGUUCAUACCUUCGCAGUGCAUUAAUGUUGACUGUUUGAAAAGAAUCUUGAAAAGUUUCUACAGGAACUUCAAUGGAUCAUCAGACCCUAUGGGUUUCCUAAAAGUAGCAGAACUUGUUGAAGAGUAUUUGGGAGAAGUAGCAAGUAGUGACACAGAUUUGGGAAUAGAUGAGUUCAUUUCACUUGCAGAAUUGGCAGUUGCAGCAUCUUUAGGAUCACAAAAGCCUUCUGAUGGAAUUUACAGGGCUAUUGACAUAUACUUGGAGAAACACAAGAGUUUGACAGAAGCAGAGAAAGAACAAGUAUGCCAAGUCUUGGAUUGCCAAAAGAUGUCACAAGAAGCUCUGCAACACGCAGCGCAAAACUCGAGGCUGCCGUUGAGGAUGGUGGUGCAAAUACUGUUUGUGGGGCAGUUACAUCUGAGGGAUCAAAUAGCUUCAGAGGUACAGGAAAAGAUAGAGCAUCAGAAGGCAAAAGAAGAUCACCAGGAAGAUGAAGAAAUGCAAAUGAUGAACAUGAAGGUAAGUGAACUGGAAAGAGAAAGCCUUUUGAUGAAAAAAGAGAUUGAGAAGUGCCAUAGAAACAACAGUACUACUGUGAAGAAGGAAAGUGUCAGUGUGUGGACGAAGAUGAAGAGGAAGUUUGGAUGCAUUAGUAGUAGUGCCACACAUGAAGGGUAUUCCCGGGUAAAUAAAAAGAAGCUUCCUCCGUAA